AGCUGUUUCUUGGUUUUGCUUUGUGUUGAAUCGGGUUCGAGUUCAUGUACAUUCUCAGCUGUUUGAUGUUCAGAGAGUGAUUGAUUUCAAGAGUAUACAUCUUUUUUCAAAUUUUCAAUAAUGUCUGAAUCUCAAUCGACUUCGUCGAGUGGCGAGAUUGCAACUCCUCACGUAGAAAAUGUCGAUAAAUGUGAGGAAUUCGCUGAGCCAGAGGCAAAAAAACGCAAAACUUCCAACAAAUCCGAAGAAAAGAAAUAUAAAUUGGAGGACAGACUGGGUGGAAUUUUGUGCUGCGCAGUUUGUCUGGACCUACCUAGAGCAGCGGUUUAUCAGUGCACCAACGGCCACUUGAUGUGCGCCGGCUGCUUCACGCACGUGCUGGCCGACGCGAGGCUGCGCGACGAGUCGGCCACGUGCCCGAGCUGCCGCGUCGACAUCGGCCGGUCGUCGGCCACGCGCAACCUGGCCGUCGAGAACGCCGUGUCGGAGCUGCCGGCCGAGUGCCAGUUCUGCGCCGGCGCCUUUCCCAGGAACUCGCUGGGCCGGCACGAGGAGACCGAGUGCGAAGAGAGAAUUUCAGGUUGCAAAUACAGUCGCAUAGGAUGUCCUUGGAGGGGACCCAUGCACGAGAGAUCGGAACACGAGUCCGAAUGCGUUCAUCCGAAACGCUCCGGGGCAGACGUCAUGGACGCGCUUCAAGUCAUAGACCAACAGAUGGCGGAAGAGAGGAAAUUGUACGACAGCAUUUUCGAUUUGCUCGGAUGCGAAAAGAUCACAUUCAACGAUGUCCAGCUAAAACCUUACCGCACGGAUGAAUAUGUCCACCGUUUAUUUUACGAGUCUUCGAGAUUUUCGGCCUUCAACUACCAAUGGGUGGUUAAAGCUAGGAUAAACAACAGCCAGAAGGACCCUACGCAAAGCUCAGAGAGGGACAUGUCAUAUCAGCUCAUCAUGAAAUCCAAAUCUUCCACACCUUUGAAUUUGAGUUACAUCGUACUGAGAGGGCCUGUGGGAGAUAUCAACGUGAAGCCGAGAAUACACGAAUUCGAGUUCACGGAACAAAGUAAUGAGAGUCCCUACGUCAAAUUACCUUUGCCCGAUACGCCCGAGUGUAAUAGAUUACUUGCAGCUACGACUAUAAAUUUCAGGUUGAUAAUGUUCUCAAAGUGAACACUUUUUUCAAGUGAACCAAAAAUUCUUGAGUAUUUUAGUGAUAUUUUUACAAACUAAUUAUGAUGUUUCAGAAUAUUCAAAACCUAUUAAUACAUUUUUUGUUUUAUAAAUCCUAGGGAUUUGAUUUGGCUUUUUCAGUUUGUCUUUGUGGAUCUCUCUAGGUAUAAGCCUUAGAAUUAGUUUUUUUUUUAUGUCCAUGACAUCUCAAAUUUUAUUCAAUACAAAUGAGAAGAUUUUUUUAUUUUAUUCCUGAUAGAGAAAUAUAUUUAUGUACUUUGUAUGUAGUAUGUAUUUGUUACCUUUAGGUUUGUAUGGAGCCAUUUUUUGUUUUGACUUUAUUGUUUGCUGUGGAAAUUUUCAAAAUUUUGGAACUCUUCAAAGUGCUUCACCUGUUGAUUUGAGUAUUUCAUUUUAUUUGAAUAUUUUCCACUAUGGCAAAAAGUCUGGAGUUUUAUUUCCUAAUAUAUAUAUUUUUUAUUGCAUUCAUAGAAUAUGAUAUUUUAUUUAUAGAGUAAUUUUAUUUUAUGGUUUGGGAAGUAACCUAAAUAAAAAUCUAAGUUC